ACAGAAUGAAGCAACCAAAAGUAUCCAAAACAUGCCGAGUUCCUGCGUCGGCUGUGUUUGAACUUGGAAGGACCAUUAUAUCUGCGGAGCUACCUGUUACCGGAAUAUAGCUCGCCUCUGCUCCUGCCAUGCAAUGUGGCUCUUCAUUGUCAGCCGAGGAGGCAAGUGAUAGAGGCUAUCUCGGUCCUUGAGUCGAAAGAUCAACCCAAGCAUUCAGUUUUACUUUGUUGUGUCUAUUUCGAUCGAGCAGUGACUAUUGUUACGUGUUCCGCACUUCCGAAGCGUAUUCACUUUGCAUCUCCUGGUUUUAAGUGGCUGAUUGAUUGGGUAAUUCAUCAGUACAAAGCUUCCAAGUAAGCGAUGGCCAUGGCCGGAGUGUUGCACCUCUGGAACGAAUGGGAGAUCCAAAUUCUGGUCCUUGUCAGUUUCGCGCUGCAGGUGUUCCUGCUCAGCUUCGCGUGGAUGCGUCGGCGCAACAUCUCCCGCGCUCUGAGGAUCGUCAUUUGGCUCAUGUACCUGCUGGCUGAGUACACCGCGACAUACACCCUCGGCCACAUGUCCAUCGGCUGCAAAGCAGGCGAGCACCAGCAGCUCAUGGCGUUCUGGGCGCCGUUUCUCCUCGUGCAUCUGGGUGGGCAGGACACCAUCACCGCCUACACCAUGGAGGACAGCCAGCUCUGGCUACGCCACCUGCUCACCUUUGCGGUGCAGGCGCUCGGAGCAGGCUAUGUCCUCUACAAGAACAUCGGCGGCCGCAGGCCACUGCUCGCGCCUGCGGUCGUGAUGUAUCUCGUGGGCGUGCUGAAGAAUGCGGAGAGAGUGUGGGCACUCAGUUUCUCCAGGCUGGAGAUGAUAAGAAGGUACCUUGACAGUGUUUCUAUUAAGAAAAAAGACGGGGAUUACCCUGGGGCUGACUGUUUGCAGCCCCAGGACGAUGAAUCGGUUCUGCAGGGUGCUCAUGACCUGCUCAACAUCUGCAUGGGUCAGUUUGUUGAUGACAAGAUCUGGCCGUCCGAGUUUCAGAGGAACGCAAUGGAGUAUUUUCAUGGGAACGAGAAGACAAUCAAGACAUUCGAGUUGAUUGAGAUGCAGCUCUCCUUGAUGUAUGACAUCUUUUACACCAAGGCAGCGGUGAUCCACACGUGGUACGGACGUUGCUUCCGUGCCAUUUCAUUGCUUGGAACUGCCAUGGCAUUCUUUCUGUUCCAAUUCAGUGCUGCUGGCAAAGGCAGCUACAACAGAGUUGAUGUUGCUGUCACCUACAUGUUGGUGACUGGGGCUCUAAUUCUCGAGACAGCAUCGGUGGUGAGGGCAAUGGGGUCAACAUGGACGUGCGCCACGCUAAGAGUGAGGAAGUGGGACUGGCUGCACAAGCUACAUGUAUCUCUUCGCCGCUAUGUCAGGAUAGCACAAGCAAGAAGAUGUUUUUCUCUCACGCCAAAUCAACCCAGCCACCAGCCAGACAGCCAGCCAGCAGUGUUUUCCUCUCAUGCCAGAUCAGCCCAGCCACCAGCCACCAGCCAGCCGAACAAGGUGAUAACAAGUCUAAGAACCAAAAUUGUUGCCUUCUGUGCAAAUAGCAGUAGCAUGAUUGUGACAGGUGCAAAGGAGUUGGUGAUGGAAGAGAUGGAGUUGGUGAUGUUAGAGAUACGGAGAAUGGUGACAGAAUGUCAAGGCAAGGAGGAGAUGAUGUGGAGUUACCGUGGUCAGUGCGCGCUGGAGGGGCGACUUGAUGAACGCUUGAAGGAUCUCACCUGGAGCACCAGCACCGAGUUUGAUCAAAGCAUCCUUGCCUGGCAUUUCGCCACCGACAAGUUCCUGAGGCUGUUAAAAUCUAAAAAUGUAGGGGGGGCCCUUGUGGAAGCAACCAAGACAGUCUCCAACUAUAUGUUGCCAUCCCCUGUUCGACCCACACUGCAUCUCAAAGCCAGGCAACAGUUGCAGGCAGAGGAUACUGCGGGAGUCCUUGCUCCUGGAUAUAAACUAAGCAAGGAGUUGGAGAUGCUAGCAGAGCAAAAUCUAGAGUUACUGCCGGUGGUUUUUGGGGUGUGGGUGGAGAUGUUAUGCUACGCAGCGCACCACUGCAGCAGGGAGUCCCAUGCCAGGCAGCUCAGCAGUGGCGGAGAGUUGAUAACAGUCGUCUGGCUUCUGACCACGGCCGAGUUCGAUCGCGUCUACUACAAGGAAACAAACUUCAAGGAGCGAAAGCAUGGUUCUGUCUGGAAUUUCCUGAAUUUCGUGGAUUCCACGGAUUUCAUCAAAUCCGUUGCAAGAUUACUCAUUGGGCUCAUCAAAUCCGUUGCAAUAUUACUCAUUGGGCUCCUAUGCUUACCAAUUUAUUUCUGUGUUUUUUUUUCGCAUUAUUUUUGCUGUAACUACUAAAAAAACAU